CGGACUGGCUGCGGUGCCCUUCGGCAUCAUGGCGGAGCCGGCUUCUCACCGCUGUUGCCUGGGCUGGGACUUCAGCACGCAGCAGGUGAAAGUUAUUGCUGUUGAUGCAGAUCUGAAUGUCUUCUAUGAGGACAGUGUGCAUUUUGACAGUGACCUUCUAGAAUUUGGGACUCAGGGCGGUGUGCAUAUUCACAAGGACGGGCUGACGGUUACUUCUCCUGUCCUAAUGUGGGUCCAGGCUCUGGAUGUCAUCUUGGAGAAGAUGAAGGCUUCGGGCUUUGAUUUCUCUCAAGUCCUGGCUAUGUCUGGGGCAGGCCAGCAGCACGGAAGCGUAUACUGGAAGACGGGGGCCAGCCAGGUGCUGACGAGCCUGUCACCAGACCUCCUGUUACACCAGCAGCUGCAGGCCUGUUUCUCCAUCUCCGACUGCCCAGUGUGGAUGGACUCCAGCACCACAGCCCAGUGCCGCCAGUUGGAGGCUGCUGUCGGCGGGGCCCAGACUCUCAGCUGCCUCACGGGGUCCCGCGCCUACGAGCGUUUUACAGGAAACCAAAUUGCAAAGAUUUACCAGCAGGACCCUGAGGCCUAUUCACACACAGAGAGAAUUUCUUUGGUCAGUAGCUUUGCUGCUUCCUUAUUCCUUGGGUUUUACUCCCCAAUUGACUACAGUGAUGGUUCUGGAAUGAAUUUGUUGCAGAUACAUGACAAAGUCUGGUCCCAAGUUUGCCUUGAUGCCUGUGCACCCCAUUUAGAGGAGAAGCUUGGCCUACUUGUACCAUCAUGCUCAGUUGUGGGAGCCGUUUCUUCAUAUUACGUCCAACGCUAUGGAUUUCAUCCUGGAUGCAAAGUGGUGGCCUUCACUGGGGACAACCCAGCAUCACUGGCAGGCAUGAGGCUGGAGGAAGGUGACAUUGCGGUCAGCCUCGGCACCAGCGACACCCUGUUUCUUUGGCUCCAGGAACCUACACCUGCCCUGGAAGGCCACAUCUUCUGCAAUCCAGUUGACCCACAGCACUACCUGGCGCUCCUAUGCUUUAAAAACGGCUCCCUCAUGAGAGAGAAGAUCCGUGAUGCGUCCGCUUCUGGCUCCUGGAAUGAGUUCUCCAAGGCGCUGCGAUCCACUGAGAUGGGGAAUGGUGGAAAUCUGGGAUUUUAUUUUGAUGUAAUGGAGAUCACCCCGGAAAUUAUUGGACAUCACAGGUUUAAUGCAGAAAACCAUGAGGUCUCAGCAUUCCCCCGGGAUGUGGAGAUUCGAGCGCUGAUCGAAGGACAGUUCAUGGCUAAGAGGAUUCAUGCCGAGAGCCUAGGCUAUCGAGUCAUGCCCAAGACAAAGAUUUUGGCCACUGGAGGGGCAUCUCACAACAGAGACAUCUUACAGGUGCUCGCAGAUGUGUUUGGUGCCCCAGUGUAUAUCAUAGACACUGCCAACUCCGCCUGUGUGGGCUCUGCCUAUCGAGCUUUUCAUGGUCUACGAGGCCCUCCUCCUGAAGUAUGCCAAGCUCGAGCAGAGAGUCCUGUCCCAGAUCCAGGGCCCUCCAGAGUGAAUUCCGCAGGCCCAGGGUCUUCUGUAGCCCCUGCCUGGCCAGACUCACUGAUUCCACUUGGGGGUGUGGCCCUGGAAGGCAGGGAUCCUGUUCCCUGUUCUGAGCGGCUCAGUUUGCGCAUGCUGACUCCUCAGAGUGCUCCAGUCCUGUCCAAGACCACUUUCAACGUAGCCUGAGAUAUCUUCCUGAAGAUAAAUGGGCUGCUUGUGCCCCUGUGCCCUUGUACCCCAGAGCAGGAAAGCCUUUUCCUGUUUUUAACCCAGAAGUCAGGAUAAUGCUGAGUAUGGGAUGUGUCCAGUAAAAAUUAUGACAUUCCUUUUCAAAGGUGGAAUUAAAGCUAAUUCAGGGAUCUAUAUCAGUAGAAUGGAAGAAGUAGCCUUCCUUCAUACAUGGACCCUAGCCUAGCCCCUUCUUUAACCUUGACUCUCUGGGCCAGUCCUCCACAAACCCUGACCCACAGCCAUCUUUGCCCCAAACCCUGACCCCACUGUCCAUCCUCUCCCCCAACCCUGACACCCCAGCCCUUCUCUCCCAUCCGAACCCUCCCAGCUAUUUCCUGCUUCCUCAUUUCCAGCUGUCUGAAGUGCCCUCCCUGUUUCCUUUCUUGUCUGACCAUGCUCACCCCGCCUUAUGCUCCUACUCUUCUCUCUCUUCAGCAUCUGUCCUCUUUCCCUCCCUACCCCCACCUGGUACAGUGUACCACUCCAGCCCCCAGAUCCUGAUAGGCAUGCUUCCCAUGCCCUCCCUUCUCUGCCUGAAGGCUGCCAGACUCCUGGACACACCAGAUGAUUUGGAGGGGUCAUCGCCCAGGAGGCACAGUUCAGGGCUUCUGUCUCCUCUGUGUCUGUCUGUCUGUCUAUCUCCCCCCCCCCCCCUUGCUGUUUACUUGCUGAAGAAACUGGGUCAUUUGGCUGGGAGAAUUCCCAAAUUCUGGAUUUUGCUGCUUCUAUCCCUGUGGUAUCGUUUAACAUGUUCUCUGUUUUCUGCAUUUCCUGUAAAUUGUUGGUUGGCACUAGAACAGGGUUUCUCAGUCUCAGCACUAUUGACAUUUUGGGUUGGAUAGUUCCUUGGGGCUGGCUUUCCCACUGGAACAUGUUUAACACUAUCCCUGGCUUCUACCCACUAGAUGCCAGUAUCACUCCCUCCCUAUGCCAUGAUAAUCAAAGAUGUCUCCAGGCAUUGCCAGAUAUCUCCUGGAGGGCAAAACUGACAGAGCCUGGAAAGAAAUCUACAAACACUGAAUCAAAGAAAAAGAAAAUACCAUAAAAAGUAAGUCCAUGACCUGGACCUGCCAGUCUGGACUCCUCCCCCAUAUUCGGUCCCAUGUAGCUUAAGAGUCACACAGAGGAAGCACAGCCUGGAUCCCUCCUGCCAUGUAUGCAGACCAUACAGUCAUUCACAGCUGUAGUUAGAAGUCAACCCAUAUCCACUCAAGUCCAUAGAGCCACGUUGGAACACAAGUGGCUGAUUAGUAGGAUAUACUAAAAGUUCCCCAGGAAAUAAAAGAGACUGUAGCAGAAAUCUUGCCAAGAGGUGCACAUAUACAGCUGAGUCUCUAAUUAAAAAAACAGGCAUUUUUGGAUUAAGUCAGUCCGACUUCCCAGGGUGGGAUAACCUAAUGGGGAAUAAUCAGAGGCAGAAAAGCCUCAUGAGAAAAAAAAAAAAAAGGGAAAGUUGAACUGCUCUAAGGCAGGGUGGAUCCCACAACUGGAAAGUGUAAUAAAAAAGGGCCACUGAAUCAGGGAGAGAAGUUAAACAAAUCAUAGCAACUGGGGAGAAAAUUUUGCACAAAACUAAAUAGAACAGAUCAGGACUUCUGGAGAAGGAACAGAAGAAUGGAAGCUCUCCUGGAGGUGAAACAUUUGCACAUAAAAGGGCAACCUUAAAAGUUUGACUGCAUAUCCAGGUUAAGACUGAGGUGUAGCAGACUUGAGAAAAUCUGAACAAACACAGGCUAUUCUUAAGGUCCAGUUGGACAAGGCAUCAAAAAAAAAAAAAAGAACCUUAACACAUAGCCAAUCUGCAAUAAAACCCAAGGCAAGAGGGA